GCCUCACGCCCCCUCCCCGAGGUAGCGGAGACGUCGCGGCAGCCGGAAGGGCGCAGCCGCUUGCCGGGCGCUCACGCAGCAGUCGGGGAACAGGGACAGCAGCCCCCGAGGCGGAACCUCCCUCCUGCCUCGGGUUACCGACGCCCCGACCUGGGAAAGAGAAGCGGGCGCCGCGCUUCCCCCCUCAGCGCCCCGGCCGCGUGGCUUGCGGCUUAUUUUCCCAGCUGGCAAGCGUCGCGCUGCAGACAAGGGAAUGCCUGUGGUCCUGCGUGUUCCGGAGCUCAGGGAUCCUCUGAUCCCGCCAAGCCCCCUCCAGGAACGGAAGGGUUAAGAAUGAUGAGGAAGAAGAGGAAGCGAGGCGUGUCCUCCGGCCCAUGCCGCAGCCACGGCCCGGGACCCGCCAAGGCGCCCGCGCCGCCGCCCUCGCCGGAGCCCACGAGACCUGCAUGGACGGGCAUGGGCUUGAGAGCAGCAUCUUCCUGCGCCGCCGCCGCCGCCGCCCUCGCCGCUGCCGCCGGGGCUGAGCAGCGCCCCCGCCCCCGGCUCUGCCCGCCGCCCCUGGCGUUGCUGCUUCUGUUGCUGCUCAGCCUCGGGCUGCUUCACGCAGGUGACUGCCAACAGCCAGCCCAAUGUCGAAUCCAGAAAUGUACCACAGACUUUGUGUCCCUGACUUCACACCUGAACUCUGCCAUUGAUGGCUUUGACUCUGAGUUUUGCAAGGCUCUGCGUGCCUAUGCCGGCUGCACCCAGCGAACUUCAAAAGCCUGCCGUGGUAACCUAGUAUACCAUUCUGCUGUGUUGGGUAUCAGUGACCUCAUGAGCCAGAGGAACUGUUCUAAGGACGGACCCACAUCCUCCACAAACCCUGAAGUGACCCAUGACCCUUGUAACUAUCAUAGCCACGCGGGAGCCAGAGAACACAGGGGAGGGGACCAGAACCCUCCUAAUUACCUUUUUUGUGGCUUGUUCGGAGAUCCUCACCUUAGAACUUUCAAGGAUCACUUCCAGACAUGCAAAGUGGAAGGGGCCUGGCCACUCAUAGAUAAUAAUUAUCUUUCAGUUCAAGUGACGAAUGUGCCUGUGGUCCCUGGAUCCAGUGCUACUGCUACAGAUAAGAUCACCAUCAUCUUCAAAGCCCACCGCGAGUGUACAGACCAGAAAGUAUACCAAGCUGUGACAGAUGACCUGCCAGCUGCCUUUGUGGAUGGCAGCACCAGUGGAGGGGACGGCGACAUCAAGAGCCUGCGUAUCGUGGAGAGGGAGAGCGGCCGCUACGUGGAGAUGCACGCUCGCUACAUAGGGACCACGGUGUUCGUGCGGCAGCUGGGUCGCUACCUGACCCUCGCCGUCCGCAUGCCUGAAGACCUGGCCAUGUCCUACGAGGAGAGCCAGGACCUGCAGCUGUGUGUGAACGGCUGCCCCCUGAGCGAGCGCAUCGAUGACGGGCAGGGCCAGGUGUCUGCCAUCCUAGGACACAGCCUGCCUCACACGUCCUCGGCCCAGGCCUGGCCUGGCUACACACUGGAGACUGCCAACGCUCAAUGCCACGAGAAGAUGCCGGUGAAGGACAUCUAUUUCCAGUCCUGUGUCUUUGACCUGCUCACCACGGGGGAUGCCAACUUCACCGCCGCAGCCCACAGUGCCUUGGAAGACGUGGCGGCACUGCACCCCAGGAAAGAACGCUGGCACAUUUUCCCAAGCAGUGGCCUCGGGACUCCCCGUGGAGACAGCCAUUUGUCUGUCAGUCUAGGCCUCGCGUGCUCCAUCCUUAUCGUGUUUUUGUAGGGGUUGUCUUUUGUUUUGUUUCUGUUUUUGUCUACAACAAAAUUUUAAAAUAUAUAUUGUCAUAAUAUAUUGAGUAAAAGAGUAUAUAUGUAUAUACCAUGUAUAUGACAGGAUGUUUGUCCUGGGACACCCACCUGAUUGUACAUAUUGUGUUUGACUGUUUUCACGUCUGUUGGAUGUAGUGUUCUUUGAUUGUAUCGAUUUUGUUUUGCAGUUUUGUGAAAUGUUUUAUAAUGUCCCUGCCUGGGGACCUGUUAGAAAGCACUUUAUUUUUUAUAUAUUAAAUAUUUAUGUGUGUACCUGGU